AUGCCGACGAAGAAUGCCGAGUUCGCAGCCUCUCGUGUCGGGAUAGCACCGACCGUGGCUUGGACGACUCGCACAACAGACCCUGAGUCGUCAUGUCAUAUAGAAAUACCUUCAUGGUCGAAUGCCCAAGAUCUAUCCUCCGCGCCGCGACCGUCCAAACAAAUUACAUUCAUCAAGGAGCGCACUCAACAGAGAACCACACCACGAUCAAAAGCUUCCAAACCAUCAGUUCAUGGACCACCAGCCCCCAAAGCACCAGUAGUCAAACCAUCAGUACCCAAAACACAAGUACCCAAAACACAAGUACCCAAAACACAAGUACCCAAAACACAAGUACCCAAAACACAAGUACCCAAAACACAAGUACCCAACCUAAAAGCUUCCAACACAAAAGCUCCUCGACCAAAAGCUCCCUCUCAGGGUCCUCCCCAACCGAACACUACCAUCCCAAAAGCGCAACCCCCCAAAACAAUCCCACCUCAAGAUUGGACCGUCAUCCCAGAUAGCAAACAACCGUCAGCACUUACCGCACUCAUCCUACACCGCCACGCCCGACCAGUUCUCACAGCCAACGAAUACAAGUUCGGAACAACAUUGCCUAUCCCUUACAAAAGAACUCCAAAGCGCGCGGCCAUAUGCAUCGACUGCGAGAUGGUCGGCGUCGCACCCAACGACACAUCAGCCUUAGCCCGCAUGUCAGUAAUCGACUACCUCACCAACGAGAUCCUCAUCGAUACGCUCGUUCAGCCAACCGAACCUGUCACGGACUGGCGGACGAAGUAUAGUGGGAUCACCAGACAGGCUAUGGCGACUGCGAUGUCGCAGGGGAAAGCGCUGAGAGGAUCAGCCGAAGCACGCGCGGAGCUGUUCAAGUACGUCGAUAGUGACACGAUCCUUGUCGGGCAUGCUUUACAGCAUGACCUGUUAGCCCUAGGUAUCCGACACGACCGCAUCGUCGAUUCAGCGAUUCUAGCCGCUGAGGCUGUGGGAAAGGGUGUGAAAAGGCGGUGGGGUCUCAAAGACCUAGCCAGCCAACUGCUCGACAUUAAGAUCCAGAGUAGUGACAAAGUGGGACAUGAUUCUGUUGAAGAUGCUUUCGCAGCUGGAGAGGUUGUGUUGCAGUGUAUUGAGCAGCCGAAUAAGUUGAGAAUGUGGGGGGAGAGGAAGAGGAAGGAGUACUACGGCGGCAAAAGCAAGAAGACUAGUGUCAAGAAGGGGGUUAGUUCGAGGGGGUUCCGUCCGUCGGUUUCGAGACCGGGGUAG